UUUCCAUAGGAGCAUAAAAAAAUAGGUAGCAUUUCAAUUUUUUAAAACCCAAAAUGAGAAGGAAUCUUAAGCCAUUAUUAUUUUGAUGCAUUCAUAGCUGUCCGUCCACUUCUUUGUUUGAAGUCCCCCACUUCCAAACCUUACCCCUCUUUUUAUAUAUUCUCUUCUUUUUCAUUCAUUUUUCACUACUCUCUCUUUCUAAUCUUUUCUCUCCUUCACACACACCACUUUCCUUUCUAAAUUCUAAAUCUCUCUCCAUCCUAAAAUGGCUUCCUCUGCAGCAGUACAAAUUUUUCUCAUCUUGGGUCUUUUAGCCACUUCUUGUUUAGCACAAGCCCCAACUGCUGCACCAACAAAACCACCAACAGCAACCCCAGCACCAAAAGCUCAACCACCUGCAGCAGCAACACCACCAACAGCAACUCCACCUACAGCAACACCACCUGCAGCAGCAACACCACCUACAGCAACACCACCUGCACCUGCUUCCUCUCCAGCAACUUCCCCUCCAGCACCAACUCCAGCUUCUACCCCAUCUACAGCACCCACUCCUUCCACUGCUGGCUCUCCUCCUGCACCCACUCCUGACUCUCUAGGACCCGGACCCAGCGGAGCUGAUACCCCACCUUCUCCCUCUGCAGCAUUUUCCUACAGCAAACCCAUCAUUGCUGCAACUGCUCUCUCUGCAGCUCUUUUCGCCAUCGCUUUCUAAGAUUUGUCCAUGUGGAGGCUUUUUGGCCCUUGAUCUUACUUUUCAUUGACGGACGGACGGACGGGAUCUAUUUGAUUUAUUAUCCUCUGGUUUUUUAUUUUAAUUUGAGUUAGUAUUUUAUUUUUUGUUAAUUUUCGUCUUGAUGUGUUAUUAUUAUUUCUCUAUUUAUACUUUUCGUUGAUGUGUUUGUUGAUUCGACGGACGAGAUUGAUCUUCAUGAUUAUGAUGAUGAUUUAUUUUGUGAUUUAAUUUGUUUUGGUGUUCACACGUGUAUGUAUAUGACCGUGAUGAUGAUUUCAUUGUACAUCCAUUAAUUCAUAGAAUAAAACUGUUUGUCAUUCUUUUUACUA